CCACAUCGAUAUAAGUUGCUAGCAUGUGCAGAUGGUUCGCAUACAUCUCCAACUCGGAGCCGUGUCUUCUGGAAGACGUUCUGAUUCGCCCGGCCCAUGCGAUCACCAAGCAAGUUCACGACCAUUACCUGCCAUAUCUGACGCACUACGAACCUGAUGCUGACACCAAAGCCACGGAGAGGGAGAUCGCGAUGCGCAAUAGGUUGUUCAACACCGAUGGCUUGGUGCGCGCCAUACCCGUUCUGAAUGAUAGAUCACACUUGAUAACAAGACCUAGGGCGUGGCAUGGUAUGUCGGAAUCGUCUCUGAUUCCCGGUUGGCCAAUCUCAUGCUUGUGCAGGUACACUACGGCACGAUCGGAGUUCACAGACUCGGAGGGUCCAAGACCCGUUCAAUAUCGGAUCGUUCGGGAACCCAUCACGGACCCCGUUUUCAAGUCUGUAUGCGCCCAAACGUCCUCCCUGGCGGUGUUCGCGCAUAUACGCGCGGCGUCCGAGUUUGCCGUCGUCUCCGAGUUCAACAACCACCCCUUCGUGUUCGACGGUGCACAGACCUCGGCUGGUCGCUACGCGUUUAUGCACAACGGCGAGGUCGCGCACUUCGCGUCCAUCCGGCGCGAGGUGCUGGCGCAUGUGUCCGAAGACGCGGAGCAGCGUAUCAAGGGUUCGACCGACUCCGAACACCUCGCGGCGCUGUUCUUCACCUAUCUCGCCGGCGAAAAGGGCGCGGCUGCCUGGGACGCCUCUCAUUCGCUGGAGGAAGUAAAGGCGGCUCUCGAGAAGGCUGUCACGACCGUCAUCUCGGUGCAACACCAAACACUGCCGAAGAAGGGCAUAGAGUUCAACGCGUCGAGCCUGAACGUCGCCGUCACGGACGGGACGCAACUCCUGGCCAUCCGAUUCAGGAACCACCCCACGGAGCACCCGCCUUCCCUGUACUUCUCGACCAGAGCGGGAGUGACCUUGAACCGCAAGUAUCCCGGUCAUCCGGACGGAGCAUCGCCUUCGAUCCUGGCGAACAUUCGAGCGGCGGAGGAACAUGGAGAGCAUGUAAUUGUUGCGAGUGAGCCGACGACGUAUCAAAAGGGCGAUUGGCAACUGGUGCCAAAGAAUCACUGCUUAAUGGUCGGAUCUGAUAUGCAGGUCGAUUGUGUACCAUUCAACGUCGACGCCACCUCUUAGAAACGUGCGGAGCGUUGCCGUCUGAGGUAUCGGUUGUGGCCUAUAGUGGACCUUUGUUGUCCAAGACUAUUGCUACAUAGCGCAGUGAUGUACACGAUUGAUACAUGCAUUGUACAACUAGUCCACGAACUUGAAUAAAGAAGACGGCACCGCCGUUUCGUACAUGCACAACAAGGUACCUGUCAGCUCCAGCGCGAUCGCAGAUCGCGAGACAGAAACGCAUCGCGGGUGAUAUCACGUCAGUUACGGUGGAGGAUUGGAAUGCCAGUGCAUAUGUAGCACGCCCUCUCGUCACCACAGCUGCAAGAACACGAGUCUUGUUCUUCGUCGUUUGUUUCCUCGUAAAUGGCUAACAUUACAAAUGCGCGCCUCCCACCGCGACCGCGUGUUCCUCGGGCAGGGUGGCGCCCCUCCCUGUCAAAGAAAGAUGGCGUCUUCUCAGUAGCGGAUGUGUAAUUUGGGGAAGAGACAGUACGCCCAGCGAUGCUGGGCUCGGGCAUAGAUAUUGAAGGCGGGGCUUCCAUGGCAGGAUCCGAGGCAUCGGCUGCAGAGAUGGUCGUCGAAGGCGUUGACACUGCUUCGUUUGCCGUUCUGAGGAGGCGUUGAUUGUGUUCACGGGCUCGACUCGGCUCCUGCGCACACUGCGCUUGCAGUGACCGCCUCUCCGCAUCCACUUGAGCCAUGGCGCUAGCACU